AAUGUUAAGGGAGACCCUUCAGAAUGAAUGCAAACAGGCAACAACUCACUGCACUUGAAGCUGAUUCUGUCUGCCUUCACAAUUUCUUUUCUGGAAAUUCAACAUCAAUGGAUCCAAAAAGAAUCAUGGAGAUUCUUGCAGCAAAUACAGAAACAAUCAAGCGUAUUCGAGUCACCUACCGUGCUCUUUAUAAUCAUGAACUCCUCCAUGUCCUUGCCAAACUACAUGAUUCUUUCUCCAGGGCAGCUUACCUUCGAGUGAGUGAAGCUUCCGAGCGAGAUGCUGAGAUAAUAAGGGCAGCACUUUUUGGAAGCAAUGCUGAUCUUAACACCAUCAUCGAAAUAAUUUGUACACAAUCCACUUCUGAGUUGAAAUCUUGCGAACAAGCAUAUCAGAUUAAAUACAACUCCAAACUUGAGAAAGAUGUUUCUGAUAAGACAAAAGGCAGCAUGAAGGAGAUUCUGAUGGGAGUUCUGAAAACUAAAAAGGAAGAGAGAGACGACACAAGCUUGGCGAUCUGCGAUGCAAAGGUACUCUAUGAAGCAAUUGAAAGUGGAAGAUACAUUGAUCAAAAGAACAUAAUCCUCAUACUGGCAAACAGAAGCACAUGCCAAAUGAAAACUACAUUCUCCUCUUUUAAACAACUCUAUGGCCAUGAGUUCAAGAAGAUUCUGAAAAAGGACAAGUGCGGUGAAUUUGGUAAAAAUCUACGCAUAGUAAUUCAAUGCAUUCAGUCACCUGAAAAGCACUACGCAAAGCAACUGCAAAGAAGAUUGAUGGUCAGUGAUGUGCAAACCCUUCUGAUAAGAACAGUGGUGUCACGUUUCAAUAUCGAUAUUAAGAGCAUAAACAGUAUUUUCACCGUCAAGAGUGGUCAGACCAUGGAAAGUCUGAUAAGGAAUGAAUUCUGCAGCAGCAGCAGUCGUGACAGUGAUAAAUCAAAAAGCUUGGUCGGCGACCUCCUUAUUGCGCUCAUCAACAACUCCAAGAACAUGUCUCGCUGA